UUCUAAUCAAGUAAACAUGCUCAAAACAUAACUCCAAAAAUAUCGAGGCAAUUCAAAGCAUUAUAUUCAUUACUGCUGAGUAUCUCACUCUCCUAGAGCAAUCUGAUCAGUCAAAAGCGAAGAACUUCACACAAAGUUGAAUUAUCAUGGAAUUAUCAAGUGCAUCGUCAUCUGCAACUUAUUCAAUUCAAAAACUCGCUUUUCACGACAAAGUUAAAUUUUCAACAGCAACAUUUAAUGCAAAUAAAUUUGAUAAUUUGUGCGACUUACUCAAAAUUGAAGAUUUUCCAUUUCCUGAAGAUUUUUCGUCGAGUUCAUUCAAUCAUGAUCGGCUCAAAAAUAUUGUAGAUGAAAGAAAGAAAUUCCACGAAGCUAUAAAAUCAGAUGAUAAGGAAGAAAUUGUAAGAUUUUCUGAAGCCAAUCCUGACUUAAAGAUUGCUUAUAAUUUGGACAACAAGUCAGCAUUAUAUCAAGCUUUUAUCUUAAAAAAAACUAAAUCUUAUCUUCAACUUAAGUCGCUUUUAUUUCAAACAUCAGAAGACGAAAAAAUUGACGAUAAUUUACUCCCAAUAACCUUAAAGUCAAAAGAGCAAGCAACUGAGCAAAAUAUAAAUCGUGCAUUGCCUCAUUCCAAAUCAUCUCUCCUCAAAAUUAUUGAGAAAUCUAAAAUUCACAACACUAAUAUUAAUGAAAUAACGAGAAUAGAGUAUCAAGCAACUUUUGAAAAAUUCUACGAAGAGAUUAACGAUGCUAAAUAUGGACAGUUGCUGAUCGAUGUCGUUUCAUCAUGUGAAAAAUUAAAAAUAUUCUUUGACUUUGAAAGUGAAUCUACUGAAAACUUGAAUCUCAGAGACACGAAAGGAACAACUGGAAGCACAUACCAUGAAAAAGGAGAAAUAUUUAUUGGUGCUAAAUUGACAUCAAAUGGAAUUGAUCGUAAGGAAAUCAUUCGAGGAUAUUUGGCUCAUGAGUUGUGUCAUUAUGCCAUGCAUCUGGUCUAUGAGAAUUCAAUGAAACCAUUUUAUGAAAACAGCAAGCUUAAAGAUGAUUUUGAGGAAAUUGUAAAGGAAUUUAACCACAAAUUGAAAGAUGAUGUAACAAGCGAAUAUGAUGACGAAUGUGAGAAAAUUAUUUCAAAUAUUUAUAACCUUUAUGAACAAAAACUGUUUGCAUUAGAAUUAAUUGUGCGAGUGAUUCAAAUAUAUGCAUUUUACAAAGACAAUAAGGUGAAAUUGAAUUACUUAAGGGACAAAAAAUACCAAUCACUUUUCAAAUUCUUCGAAAACCACGUUGUGCCUGAUUUGAGAAUUUUCUAUAAAAACUGCAGUAAAUAUUAUGACGUAAGAAAACUUAAUGAAAAAUCAGGGCUCUUAAAAUACAUCAAAAGCAUUAAAUUCGAGUCUGCAAAUAAAAAACCAAUUGUGAUGAUCGAAAAAAACAAAAUUUUCGUGGUGACGACAAAUCAACCAAAAUUGUUUCUUCUUAAUGCCUACAAGCACUGGCAUCCUAUUGGUCAUACAUUUUUUGACACACAAAAUAUUGUGAUUAGUCCAAGUAUCAUGGAUGACGAUGGAAAAUUUACAAUUUACAAAGAAAUUUUGGAAAAAUAUUCAAAUUUGAACAUCUUAAUUGACUGCACGAAUAAAAAUGUUACCAAAAUAAGAAGACUUAUCUUCAAUAGAUCAAAACAUCGCUUCCUUUUCAUUGUAUUGAAAAAAAAUAUUUCUGAUGCAUUUUGCUUAAAUUAUAAAGUUUCAAGUGUAUCACUAAAUGAACAUGAAUUUACGAAAAAUGGCCAACAGUUGAUGCAGCAAACAAAAGUUGAUUUUAAUGGAAAUUUCGUUUGUUCAAUUUAUGACCUGCUGCAAAAAAAUUUCAACAUUGAAGCAUCAAAAACAAACAAGCCAAAUGAAGAAGUUAAGGAAAUCCUUGAAGACAUACCAGAAAUAAUUAACGACCAAUUACUUUAUUCAUUAAUGGAACGAUCAGAAAUUUCGAUUCUUAAAUCAUGUGAGGAAAUUGAUCCCUCAAAAAAUAAUCAUGAGCAAUUUACAUCAGCAGUUAAGCAGGAAAAAUGCGUUCUACUGUCACAAGUAACUGAUUCCAAAAAAAUGUGGAUGAUUAAAAAAAUAAUAAAUCAAGAGGAAAAUGCAACAAGAUGGACGAGUUAUAUUGAAACACAACAAAUUAUAAAUAAACUGGAACCACCUGAUGACGAUCUUGAAUUUUCAUCCUUAAUGACCCGAAAAGUUUUAAAUCAUAAAAGCAGCCUUAAUGAAGAAAUGUUUACAAAUUUUGAAAAGAAUGGCAAAAUUUUAUUUUUAUUUGAUGGAUUAAGCAGUUUGGCGCCAAAAGAUGCAACAUUUUUGACCAAAGUAAACUACACUUGGAAUGAUUUACAGCAAAAGCACCAAAUUGAGUUGAUUAAAGCAAAAAUUAUGUUUCAAAAUUACAGCUGCUCAUUUUAUGUUUUACUCAAAGAAAAUUCUACUACGACAGAAAAAAAAUCUAUUAAGCAGAAGAAAGACAACGACAUCCUUGAAGAGUUUUCUAAAAUAAUUGACGAUCGUCUUUUAUAUUUCUUAUUGGAACCGAUAAACAUUUCAAUUGCUACAACACUCGAAAGUGAAAUAGAGGAGGAGAAUUUUGAUUUCCUUUUCCAAGAAAGAGAAUUAAUUGGAUACAAAAAGGAAAACGAUCGGAUUAAAUAUUCCUACAACAAACUCCUUCCUGCUAUCGAAAAUGAAAAAUACGUCCUCAUAGCUGACAUGGCUGGUUCUGGAAAAAGUUGGAUGAUGAAAACUCUUGCUAAUGUUCUUCGUAAGGCUUAUCCAAAAAGAUGGGUCACUUAUGUGGAUCUUAAACAGUACAUUAAAGUUUUUAACAAGAAAAAUAAAAUUCUUGAUUUUGCUUCAUUCAUGACUGAAAAAAUACUGGAAGCAAAAGAUAAAUUUAAGGAGAAAAUGUUUACGCAAUUUUACAAAACUAACAAAAUUUUUGUACUUUUCGAUGGAUUCGAUGAAAUUGCACCAAAUUAUGCAGAAUUUGUGUCGGAAUUAGCUAAAAAAUUUGAGUCAAAUGGAGGAAAUCAGCUGUGGAUUGCAACAAGGGAUUACUUUGAAAUUGAUCUGCAAAAGGAACUGGAAUUGGAUGUAACAUACAAGCUAGAUGAUUUUAAAGAAGCUGAUGGAAUCAACUUGAUCGCAUCAAAGUGGGUAAUUAAGGAUUUCGAAAACAAAAAGUUUAACAAAUAUGCAAUAGAAAAUCACAAAAACUUUCCAAAGUAUCAAAAAAUCGCUCAAAAUUUGAUAAGUAAAAUUUCAAUGAUGAGUUCAAGACAAAUUGGUUUACCUCAAUUAUUCAGUGUUCUUGCUGAUGGUUUUGACAAUGAUAAUGAUUCUGUUCAGGAAUUUUCACAUUAUUCAAUUUUUGAGAAAGCAUCUGAUAAUUAUUUAUUAAAUUUUAUUAACGAUAAGGGAAAAGUUAGACAAGAAAUAUUUUGCGUAAGUCAGGAUGAGAGGUUGAAUCUAAAAAGACUUCAUGAAGUGCUGGCAAUUUUGAGUUAUUAUCCUGACAAAAUUGCUUUCUUUGGAUUGGAUAACGAAAAAAAGAAAUCAAUUGAUGAUAAAAUUAAUGCCUAUGGCCUGGUAAAGAAAAACAGUGAAUAUUAUUACUUCCUGCAUGAAACAUUCCGAGAGUUUUUUGCUGCUAGAUUUAUUGUGAUUUCAUCAUCUUUAAAAGCGAUUGAAGAAAUUCAUUAUGAAUUAUUUCUAGAUUUUCUCACAAUUCAAAGAUUCACGAUCAUUAGAUCCUUUUUAAAUGCUGGUUUAUUUGAGAAAUCAGUUUUUAAACUGAAUCAUAUUGAAGAGAUUUCAAAACUAUUAAAGGGAUCAGAGAAUAUUUCAUACAUUUUUGAAGACUGUCAUGAAUAUCUUGAAGAUUUAAUUAUUUCUGUGCUAGAAAAAAUCGACUACGAUAAGAGGAAAAAUAUUUUAUUUGCAAAUAUCAAAGAAAUUUUAGAGACGGCAAAAAGUUAUUCAAAUUUUCAAACAUUUUUCUUAAAAUCCAUAAAGGAUGAAGAUUUAAAACCUUUUGUCAAAAAUGAAAGACUUUUGCAUAAAGUUAUUCAAUCAAAUUUUGAAUUUGAAGUAUUUGAAAUUUUGGUUAACAAUAUUGAAGAUAGAUUCGGUAAAGAAUUUGCAAAAAUAUUAUUUCAACCAAUUGAAGCAAGAGAGCAAUGGAAUGACAGUAUUUUUUGCUCCUUAAUCACAUCUCAAGUCCCAAGUCUCGAGAAAAUCAAAAAAUUCUUAGCAUUUUUAAAGAGAUUCAUAACUAUUGCAGAAAUAGAUGAAAUGCUCCAUAAGAUUCCAAGCUUAGGCGUUCUUAAAAAUUCAAAUGUUUUAAAUAAGAAAGAAAAACUUGAAAUUGUUCUAAGUGCAAUUAAAGAUUUUUUCUAUUCUGAAAAUGUUCCUGACAAAUUUACAGAAUUUGUCGUUAAUACUCCAGUUUGUAUUCUAGGAAUAAUCGAAAAAUUUGAGAAAAUACAACCGGAUGAUUUUUUUUGGGGACUUUUGUUGGAAACUUUUGAGAGUCCAGAAGGUGUCAAAAAUUUUGUAAUGUCAGAUCUUCUAAAAGACUCUGAUGACAUCAUAAUGUUUAGGUUCGGAAGAAUGAUUUUAAAUUCAGUUGAAUUUUUCAGAAGCUUUUUUAGUGAAACGCAAUUUCGUGAAAUUUUAAAAAUUGAAAACAGAGUCAGAACAAAUAUCCUCAAAAUUUCAGCUCGUCAUUCAGAAAGUAUUGAGAUAUAUAAUUCAAUUUGGGAAUUUUUCAAAAAUGAAUUUGGUGCAGAAUUUUAUGAACUUAUUCAAGCUGUCAAUUCAAUCAAAGCCGAUGCUAGAAACAUCUUCUGGUUCACAUCAUAUCGCAAAGAUUUUGACUCAUUUAGCUUCAUUAUCGAUAAAUUUGAAAAAGAUCCAAUAAUGUCCGAAAAAGAGAUCAAAAAUCUAUUGUUGCAGAUAGAUCUUACAAAGCAGUCCUUUCUGUAUAAAGCUUUUGAGUGGGCAACAGGCACACAGGAAGAAAAUGAAGAAUUUUUCAAAAGAAUAUGGGAAAAAAUUCAAAUAUAUUUCAAUUCUUCAGAAAUUUUGGAAAUUUUACAAAAUAACGAUAUUUAUGGCCACAAUAUUAUUUUACAUGCUUGUAAUUCGAACACAACUACUUGUCGAAAUUCUCUGAAGACAAUUUGGAAUAUCAUUCUGAAUUUUAUUAAAAAUGAGUUUAAAGGUGAAUUAAUUGAUGAGGAAACGGAAGAAAAUAUUGCAAAAUGUAAGGCAUUAAUUGAAACCAUAACACAGUUUGAAUAUGAAUAUAUUUUAAGAAAAUUUAAGAAAGAUAAAAAUUCUGAUAUAAAAAUUCUAGAUUUAAGCUGGGUGAAAACUAAGAAUAUGCUAAUACUAAAUUCCAGUCUUGAUAUUUUUCAAGAGGAAGUAAAAAAGCAAAAUUUAUUUAAAAACGGAAGUGAUUUAAAGGCUCUUGCUUUUUGUGAGAAAUUGGAGAUCCACAAAAUUUCUUGGGAAUGCUGCUUUGAAAAAUUAAAAGAUUUGGAGCAUCUGAAAAAUUUUCUCCUACAAAAUAGCAUUUAUGGGGAUAAUUUCUUUCACAAUCUUUUUUAUUUUAAUAAAUCAAAAGAAAUUGUAAAAUUUACAUUGGAAAAAAUUCAAAAAAAAUUCGAAAAAUCCCAAAUUCAAGAUAUUUUGAGUUCAAAAAAUAUCAAAAAUGAAAAAUUAUUACUAUCCAAAUUUGAUGUGUGGAUUUGUCAAGAACUUUUGAUAAUGCUUGAUCCAAGUUUUGAGAAUAAGGAAGACAUAAUUGACAUUUAUCCUAAUUUGCUCUUAAAUGCUGCUGAAAGUAGUUCUGAAUAUUUUAAAUUAAUUUUCAAAAAAAUUAGGCUAUCGUUGAUUCAUUUUGAUUUAGAAAACACAUCUAAGCUAGAAGAUUUAAUUUUGCAAACGAAAUCGUUUACCAUAAAGGAAACUAUUUUGCAUAAAGCAGUUCAGUCAAGAGAUAAAAAUUUAUUAGAAACUGUUUGGAAGUUGAUUGAAAAUUAUUUUAAAUCCAGAAAUUCUCAUGAAAGUUUUAAAGAACUUGUUUUUAAAAAAACAUUUCAUUAUGAAGUUCCAAAAGAUAAAAUAGAUUGCAAUAUUUUACAUUUUGCUGCCAAAUAUGAUCAAAUUGAUUUUCACAAAAUACUUUGGAAGCUGCUGUUUAAUACUUUUUACGAUAAUCUUGAGGAAUUGAAAAAUUUGAUAGUUGAAAAAUCAGGGCCGAAUAACUUCAUAAAUUGUUUGCUUGUCUACAAUAAAAUUGAAAUUAUUAAGCAGUUUUUAGAUGAAAAUUUAGAAUACUUCAAAGAUUGUCAAAUUAGGGCAAUUUUAGCUGCAAAUGAAGAUCAUCCUUUGCUGAAAACUGCAGCAUCUUCCAAAGAUAUUAAGAAACUUAAGUUAUUGUGGAAAACUUUUAAAAAAUAUUUUAAAACUCUUCCUGAAAGAAUAAGUUUUCUCAAAAUGAUUGGUAAUGGAGGAUUUAACUUAGUAUUAGAAUCUGCAAGAUGCAAUGCAGAAAUAUUCAACUACGUCUGGGAAAUUGUUGAUGAAUUGAAUGAUAAUUCAGAGGAAUUUAGAAUUAAAAUUACUGAAAUUAUUGAGACAAUCCCGAACAAUGAAAGGAAUAUUAUUCAUAUUUGCAUCGAAAAUGAAGACAAAGAACUUCUUAGAGUGGUUUGGAUAAAAUUAGAAUCUUUUUAUAAAUCCUCAAAUUCUGUGGCAUCAUUUAGGAAGCUUAUACUGUGGAGACAGCCAAUUUCAUUGCCGAUUACAAAUAAUAUUCUACAUUACGCAAGUAAAUUGUCUAAUUUUGAUUUUCAUGAGAUGAUUUGGAAUCUCAUAUUUGGAUGUUUCGAAGAUUUAAGUCAAGUUCAAAGUUUGAUAGUCGAAGCAAAUGAUGUACAUCAUGUAAGUUAUGUCAAACGUAUUGUUUUUCAACAAAACAUAGAACUUAUAGAGAAAAUCCUUAACGUAUUCAUUGAAAAGUUCGACAAUCAGCAAAUGCGGUCAAUUUUUUUACAUCAAUGCCUAGAAUACGGUAUAAGUUUGUUAAUUUAUUCUAUUCAGUUUUACAAUAUUGAAAUUCUCAAAAAGCUGCUAGAUUUUUGGAAAAAUUUAUCAAAAAAUAACGAAGAAUAUUUAGAGUUGUUCAAGACAGUAAACUUUGAAGGGAACAAUAUUCUUCACACAGUAAUAUAUAAUUUUAUGACACCAUUAUAUUUAGAAAAUGAAAAUAUGAAAACCCAAAUCGAUAUUUUUGACUUUUUCGUCGAAGAAAUUAAGAAAGUUUCACCAGAAGAAGUCCGAAAAUUAAUGAAAGCUUCAAACAAUAAACAUAAAAAUAUAUUACAACAUGCAGUACGACACAGUACCGAGAUUGAGCUUCAUGAAUGUUUAUGGAAAAAUAUCGAAAAUUUUAUCCAAGAUCCUUCUGAAAUUUCAAAACUAAUUGACCCUGCAGAUGGUGAUUUGAGUAAUGUCCUUGCAAAUGUUGUUACUCACAAUGAUGUGAAUAUUGUUGAGUUCACAUGGGCAAAAAUUGAAAAAUAUUUGGGUGUGGAAUGCCACCAGUAUUUGAAAAGAGGUUUAAAAAACAUUGAAUUUACUAAGGGAAAUAUUUCUCAAAAUAAAAUUGGGUGGACAAAAGAGCUAAUGAAGAAAUAUAAGAUUGAACUAUAAAAAUGCAA